AUGCAGGUCCCGGCGGCCGCGGAGCGCAACAAGGGCCCGAUCCUGGCGGUGCUGCGGCAGUGCGCGGCGCCGGGCGCGGGGCCGGGCGCGCUGCGGGUGCUGGAGGUGGGCGCGGGCGCGGGGCUCCACGCUGCGCACUUCGCGCGGGCGCUGCCGCAGACGCGCUGGCAGCCCUCGGACAUCGACCCGCGGGCGCUGCGCAGCAUCGCUGCCUACGUGGAGGCCACAGGGGUGCCCAACCUGCUGCCCCCCAUCCAGCUGGACGUGUCACAGGGCUGGGAGACCUGGGGGGGCAUCCAGCCCGCCACCCUGGACCUCCUCGUCAGCAUCAACAUGAUGCACAUUGCAGAGCUGCGCUGCACCGAGGGCCUGUUCAGGGGUGCCGGGGUGCUGCUGAAGCCCGGAGGUGUGCUCUUCACCUAUGGGCCCUAUGCCGUGGACGGCCGGAUCAGCCCCCAGAGCAACGUGGACUUUGACCGCAGCCUGAGGCAGAGGAAUCCCGCCUGGGGGCUGCGGGACACGGCGCUGCUGCGGGAGCUGGCCGAGGCCAACGGGCUGUGCCUGGAGAGGAUGGUGGACAUGCCGGCCAACAACAAGAGCCUGAUCUUCCGCAAGCUGUAAUCUGCCCUGACAGCACUUCCUCCCGGCGCUGCUGUCCCCACUGCUGCCUCCUGCAGGGUGUCACCGUCCCACCGAGGCUGCCACUGGGGCUAGGGGCGGCAGGGAUGGGACGGAGUCCCUCUCACCCAGCUGGGGCUGACUUGGCUGGGCGGGGUCCAUCUCCCCUGGUGCCUUUGGGGCUCCCUUUGCAGUGGGGUGCCCCAGCCUGGGCCACAAGACCCGGCACAGCUGCCUCGGGGGGGCACAGGUUGGGGGAGGGGCGGUACCCCUGGGCAUGGGGGAGACUCCUUGCUCCAUUUCCUCAGAGGAUGCUGUGCUGAUGGGUGUCUCCCUUCCCCCUUUCUGCAGGAUUGUGCUGCUGCCCCCCCAAUAAACUCUGUG